AUGUUCAAGCCAAGUCCAUUAAGGGCCAGGGCACGACCCAAAACGCUCAUAUUUCUGGCUUUGGCUGUUUUUCUCUUUUACUCCUCUUGGACGACUUAUAUCCGCAAUGGGAGGAACAUUGUCAUCUGGCGCCACGGCCACACCACAACACUGCCUGAUGAGUCCAGCAACAAGCCGUUGGUCUUGCCACCUGAGCCGUCCAGACCGGAACAUUCAGAGAUGCCAGACGAAGGUAACUUCAAGCAAGACAGUGAAUUACAGACACAGGAAGACAACAAGAAAACGGAAGAGGACGAGAGAACCAAGGAACUGGAAAUGCAACAAAACCAGAAAACAGUGAAUGAUGAGAUUGAGAGAAAUAGAAAACAAGCAGAGGAGAAGGGGAAGAAAAAGGCAGAAGAGGAGGCGAAGAAGGAAAAGGAAAAGGAAAAAACGGAGGAAGAGAGAAAGAAGAAUGAAAAGGAGGCAGAGGCUGCGAGGUCGCAUCAUGAGCAACAGUUGCGAGAUCAGUUCGCGAGGGAGUAUGAGGCAGCCAAGAAGUUACUUACACUUCUUCAUGAUAGGCUCCCCGGAAGCGGCGCAAUCUAUGGAAACACGCUCAACUCUUUGAGUCAACAAGACGAUCGGCUAGCCAAACAUGCGGAACGUUUCAGACCCUCUUCUGCAGAAGAACAGCCCUACGCGAACCAGCGGCCAGUUCAUUUCGACCCGUACCCGAACUACAACAGCGGCGAAUGGAACAAAACGCACCGCGCCCCAUAUGUGCCAUGUGUAGGCGCGCUUGGCGAACCUGUGGAAGAUGUCUUGGUCUUCCAAGGCCACCCACGCGACUUUCCCAAGCCGAGUAUGGGCGGCUUUGACGCCCUAGACAUGGACGGCAAUAUUUGUUACGAGCGCGACACGAGACUUGGCCCGUACGGGCUGACCCCUCAGCUGCACAGCAAGACUGGUCUUCCCAUCGAUUGGGAUAGCAUCAAAUGGGGUGAUUUGCAGAAGGAGUGCUCGGAACAGAACGCCGCCCUGUUCGGAAGUGGUAAGCCGAACGUAUACCUCACGACAACUUAUCCAGACAUUGCGGAAAAGUACGGGAAGGAAAUGAAGAUGGCGAAAAGGCAAAACUCGGGGCCCGUACCUAGGAAUGAGAUCGACGACGAGCUGCACACUCGGGAGAACGCAGCGCACGAGGCUCGGACGGCGGUUCUGUUGAGAACCUAUACCGGCAAGAAAUACACCGAGAACGACAAGCAGGUCAUCAGAUCUCUCAUCUCCGAGCUUUCGCUCCGGUCCGGCGGGGAGUAUGAGGUGUUUCUACUUUUACACGUUCGCGAUGACUCGGUCGAUAUUUGGGAUGACAAGGAGCGCCAAAAGAUUCUCGACACGCAUAUCCCAAAAGAAUUCCACAGCAUUACCAAACCCUGGAAUGACCAGGCCGUCUGGGAUGUCUACACGGCGCUUACGGACGCGGAGGAGAAGACUGUUCAUCAUGCUCAGUGGCUCUCCGUGCAAAAGUUCAGCAUCGAUCACCCGGAAUUCGAUUACAUUUGGAACUGGGAAAUGGACGUCAGAGUUGUCGGCCAUAGCUACGACUUCGUGAGGCGCCUGGAACAGUUCUCCAAGAAGCAGCCUCGAAGGGGUUUGUGGGAGCGCAACGAGCGCUACUACAUUCCUGAGUUCCAUGGAAAUUACGACACCGACUUUCGCAUGUAUACCGAACAAGCGACGCGCGGCAGAAGCCAGGUCUGGGGCCCGCCCAAAGUACCUUUUAUCCAUCCCGUCGGUCCCAAGCCACCAGUGGCAAGUCCUGAAGAUGACCCGUAUAGAUGGGGGGUCGGGGAGGACGCCGACCUCAUCACUCUGGGUCCUAUUUAUGACCCGGUCAACAGCAGUUGGAUCUUUGGGGACAAAAUCUGGGGUUACAAGGAUGAUCAAAAUCCCGAUCCCAGGACCCUUCCGCGGCGGGCUACUAUUGUUACCCAAUCCCGCAUUUCCCAACGUCUUCUGGAUAUCAUGCAUGUUGAAAAUCUGCGUGGUAACCAUAUCGCUUCAGAGAUGACUCCUCAGACCGUUGCUCUCUUGCACGGAUUCAAGGCCGUUUUCGCGCCUCAUCCUACCUGGUUUGACCGUGGUUGGAAUGGCACUUUCCUGGAUAAAUGGUUUAAUUCCGGGGAUAAGGGCAGCGGGGGUGAGGGUAGUCCUUUCGGCUACGGAAGAGAGCGUAGGUACCAAGGGACUACGUGGUAUUACCGUGCUGAGCCUCCCUCGAGGCUGUACAACAAUUGGAUGGGGUACGUUGAUACAGAAAUUGGUGGGAGGCUUUGGGAGGUUGAGCAUGGGCGGCCUUGUUUACCGCCAAUGAUCCUUCACCCUGUCAAAGAGGUUGAACCUACGGAACCUGGCUUUGCAACCCGAUUCGAGCUCAACUACGGCUGA